AUGUCUGUAAAACUCAUGCGUCUCUGGGGUUUUUGUUCUGUCGCAUUCCUUGUCAUUGAGAUAACGUUUCUAAGCAUCCACUGGCAGCGCGACAGUGGCCCGCACCAUGGAUUCGAUGGCCGCGUGAGUGACUGGGGAAAUGGCGCUGCUGACAGCGCGAGGAGAGUGAGCGAGUGUCGGUCGAUGUUCGAAAUGAACAGCGACGAGAAGAGGAUUUCUCGCGACACCAACCACUACGAGGACCUCGGUGUCGCGUUGCCCUUUCACCCUCGCCAUCGUGGGGCCUCACAGUCUCCUUCAGGGACGCCGGGACCGAGGGCUCUUGGCGCGGAGGACCCGGAUCCCCGUGCAUCCUCGACAGGAGGAAGGCUCCCCUACCUUCCGUGCCAGCUGCAGGAGUACGGGCCCGAGCUCACCCUUGACUGCAUGAGGGCAAGGCUUGGCCGGGGCAGGAAGCUGUGGAUCUUGUUUGCCGGAGAUUCGAAGAUUCGAUAUACCUUCUUUAAGUUUCUUAACGUCACCAAAAGCAUGCAUUACAAUAUCUCGUACCAGAACACUUCAGGCAGUCUUGAGGUCGUCAUAAGCAAAUUGGAUGAAAUCAGGUGGACACAUUUUGACGCUGUGUCAAAGAUCAACCCAAGCCUACGUGUUUCCAUGCGAUUUUGCACGUUUCUAGUGAGCUCCUCCUCGACCUUUGAGUAUCGAGAGGACGUUCAGCUCCUGAAGAGAUUGGCGGCGGGGACUGACCCGGCUCCUGAUCUCUUGGUGACGGCAUACUCCACUUGGACACUUGGAGAGAUGGACUGGGGACAUGUUAUUCCUUAUCUCAGUGUCUUAGACCUUAUGAAAGAAGGGCUCUCUCGAAUGGUCCCACUGCUACAUCGCAUAUCACUGCGAACUCGCGUCCUUGUGCUGUCGGAGAGUCGCGUAAAGCCCUUUGCGCCUCAUGAGAACCACAUGCGACCCGCCAUCUUCGCUGACAGCAACAUCGAGUGGAGUGACAUGAUAUUCUUCCAUUACCUUCGGGAGGUAGAAGAGCCCCAGAACCGAGAUGGGCGGUCGCUCUCGGGCUCUCGGGGUAAGAGGGACUGGCUUAAGGCCGACUCGGACGGCCUCUGGUGGUGGGACUCGCUCCUGCCUCAUGGUCUGGCCGUGAGGGCUUUGUGCGCGGAGCUGCACAUGCAAAACCUCACUCUCACGCCGCUGUACGCUCACUUGCGAUGCGACGACACUAACCACGACGGCGAGACAACACUGGAAGAGGGAGUGACUAUGCUGCUCAAUCUCAUAUGCAACACUGCUGUCAGUUUACACGUCAACAAUGCUUGUUGCCAAUAGCUGGUUAGUCCGUCAUUGCUCUGAUUAUAUUUCCAUUGUUCGAAGAUGUACUAUUUUUAAAGCUGCAGCACUCUCCCUUUACUGCACAUCUUAAAAUGCAAAACCGGGUCCACUUUGAAUAGCCUGUCCUGUGUCAUGAAGUAUGAACAUCACUUUUUAAACGGAAAAGGGCACUUGUAAGCAAUAAUAUAUAAUAAAGUGACUACAUAUUAGUUAUA